AUGGCAGCAAAGUCAUCUCAACAAUCAAAUGCUAUGCACAAACCAACAUCCACAGCAUCUACAACAAGCAGCAUAUCUGACACAUCGGUUGAAUCAAUGCACGGAUAUGGAGAUAGCUGGUUUGAAAGCAUGAACGAUCUAGUAACACAAUACCACCAGCAGAAAGAGCAAAAAGCAGCUCAACCACAUAACUAUGGAGACUCCUGGUUUGAGAAUCUAAACCAUCAGCGAGAAGAUUUGGAGCAUCGAAAAUCGGAAGAACUCGAGCGAGAAUCUCACCGUCCGCACAAUUACGGGGACUCGUGGUUUGAAACACUCAACCAUCAACGGGAGGACUUCGAACACCAGAAAGACGAGCAACAAAGACAAUCGCAACAACCACACAACCAUGGAUCCGCAUGGUUUGGACAUUUCAAAAGCGAUUGGGAGGAAUGGAAGCAUGUACAUGAGAGUAAGUCCUCUUAA